GUGUACACAUAUAUGAUAUAUUGAAGAAAUGAAAAGAAAAAAAAAAUUAUCGGAAGGAAGAAAAAUAAACAUUCGUGCGCGUGAGAGAAAAUAUAUUAGUCAUUAUUUCUGGAUUAUAAGGAAAUUUCGUAUUUAUCCUCGAUCAUUCCACGAAUACAUUAAAAAUCUUAACUAAAGACGAAGAAGAGAAGAGAGAAGAAAAAACAAUUCUUUCGUCGUAAGAAAAAUUCGAAAAGGAAAUAUUCAUAAUCGAGCGAAAUGACAUGGUUCUAUGGGAAGUUCGGUUUAAUAAUACUUUUCAUUUCCAUUUGUUGUCUUUAUAUGUUCGCGUUUUACUUCGAUCUGAGAUUCAAGAACGUUCUCAAUUUUAAAUCAAAUCAUAAAAUGAUACCGCAACGAUUGAAAGACCAUAAGAUGUUCAAGAAGAUCCUCUUUUGGAAUGGAAUGUUCGGCAACAAGAACUUUUAUUUCGGUGAUGGUGAUAUCUUUAAAAAUUGUCGAAUAAAUAAGUGUUACGCCACUUACGAUAGAUUUUACACUAACGUUGAAAAUUUUGAUGCUAUACUGUUUCAUGGUGUCGAGUUAGAGAGACAGGAUUUGCCCGAUGAAAGAAAUAUUAAGCAACAUUACAUUUUUGUUAAUUUGGAAAGUCCACAGAAUAGACCAAUCGAAAAUGUCUUUUUCGAGAAUUAUUUUAAUGAUACUAUGACUUAUCGAUUGGAUAGUGAAAUUGUAUGGCCUUAUGGAUUUGUUCGUGAUUUAAAAACUAAUAAGAUCGUUGCGCCUUCUACUGAUGUCUUUUGGAAUAUUCCUGAUAAUGAUGAUAAGAGUAACAAAUUGUCUUCUACAUAUCACUUAAAAGACGAUGCGAUUGCAAAUAAAAGUAAGGAAAUAGCUUGGUUGGUUAGUAAUUGUCCAGCUAAAAGUGGGCGUUGGGAAUACGUUCAAGAAUUAUCAAAAUACAUUAGCGUCGAUAUUUAUGGACAAUGUGGUGAUUAUCGGACUUGUCCAUAUUCACGUGAUUGUUUCAAGGAUUUAUUCGAGCCACAAUAUUUCUUUUAUCUCUCUUUUGAAAAUUCAUUGUGUCAGGAUUACGUCACGGAGAAGCUUUACAAACCAUUGAGAUACAACAUAUUGCCGAUCGUUUACGGAGGAGCCAAUUAUAGUCGAUUCGCACCAAAAGAUUCUUACAUCAACGCAUUAGACUUUGACAGUCCAAAAGAAUUAGCCGUCUAUUUAAAACGACUUAAAACGAAUCCGAAAGAAUAUCGACAAUAUUUUCGAUGGAAGACCCGUUAUCGAAUAGAAGAUUCUGCAGUUAAGGUCGCUUGCAAUCUCUGCAAGUUUCUUCAUACUGAAAGGAAGAUCAAUACGUAUUCUAUAUUAUCGGAUUGGUAUAGCCGUAACAAAUGUCCCUUACAGAAGUUAUUGAAUGAAAUGAAAUAUGUCACAAAAGUAUCAUUGAAUAUUGAGAACUAAUAAAUCGAAAUAAUACUUGA